AAACACAACUCUUGAAUAUAAUGAUAACUUAGUUGCAAAGAACAAUGGAAAAAUCAUUAAGAAAACAACAACUGUCAAGAAAACCACCCCAUUUAAGAGACCAAUACCAAUCAGCAGCAGAAAAGCAGAUGUAAUACAGGAAAUGAAUAUCCCAAACCACAAACACCUGAAGUCCAUAAGUAUGUUAGAAGUAGAUACAACUGAUGUCAGCAUGAAAGAAGACCUUUAA